AUGAUGGAGGACCAACCACAGAAACAACACUGGAAGAGGUCGCAAAGGACAAAGUCCUCUUCUUCUUCUUCUUAUUCCCACAUCAGCAAUCUCGAUGAUGGUUGCCUUAUGCACAUUUUCAGCUUCCUUCGCCCUAUUCCAGAUCGCUUUAAUACCGCCCUCGUUUGCCACAGAUGGAAUUACUUGGCAUGUCAUCCUCGCUUGUGGCUUCGGGUAGAUCGAUCAGUGAAAGACUCAUCUGAACCUGGUGUUUUCCCCAACAUUGAAACUGCUGUUUCUGCUUCAAGACCAGGUGAUACCAUUUUAAUAGCAGCUGGUGGAAGUCAUAAUGUCGCAAACAUUCAAAUAAGGAAACCACUUUGCUUAAUUGGUGCAGGUGAACUUCCAGAUGACACAACACUUGUUUGUUCUCGGGGCUCUGACAGUGCACUGGAGUUCCUAUCCACAUGCAAAUUAGCAAACUUAACUGUGAGGGCUGAGCUUGGUUGCUGUUUGCUACAUAGAAAGGGAAGGUUAACUAUUGAUGGAUGCAUACUUCAAUGUGAAUCUAAUCCUCUGGAUUAUCUCUCAUGUCCCAUUGUGAGUACAGCUAGUAGCAGUGAGGUUCUUCCCUCACAAACCAAGACUAAUGGUGAUGGUGUAUUUGUCUCGCAAACCCGAAUUGAAGGGGGUGCCAAAGCUGUUUUAACAAGUGGGGAUUUGGCUUUGCAACGUGUGAGAGUGAUUUAUGCUCGAACCUCGCUUCUUUUCUGGUUUGAUGUAGAGCAGAUGUGUGAUCAAAUUGACCAUGAUAAGCCUCUCUGA